AUGUUUGAGCCACAAGUGGAUAUCAAUGAACCCGAACUCCUGGUCACCCUAAGUUCGAACGAAAACGAGAUGCCCACGACGGUGCCCGCUUCAGAUAUCCUUACGCUGACUGUAUUUUCCCGUCGUGCCGUGAUUGAUUUUGGAGCUAUAUCGGUCACUGGUCAACCGGUCAAGCGCUAUCUCCUUGUGGAGAACCCGCAUUCGGAAGAUCAAACGGUGUCUAUUCAACGUGGUCUACCAUCUAAUGAAUUUUGUCUAGAUUGGAUACAAUCGCACUCUGCCAAGCUAGGGCACUCAGCCUGGUUUACAACUGUAUCCGGUUGUAAUCCCAAUUCAGAUUCCUCAAACCGGAUUGUGGUCAGAGCCAAUCAAGGUCGAUCUUUGCUUCAAAUCACGUGGAUCCCAUCAACUGCUGGUAGUGGGGCUGUGUCUUCCAAUAGCACCGGUUUUUAUCAUAUCAUUCAGUUCCGCGUUAACAAUGCCUAUCCCCUUCAGGCCAUGGUUGUUGGUCGAUUCACCAUACCCCCACCGGAGAAACCUACACGUGUUAAGGUUCAUUCACUCUCAGGUGAUUUGGUGCGCUCUCAAUCUACAUCUUCAUCUGUUAUGAAACAACGCUCGAUAAGCCACGGUCGUAUCCCUAACAGAGCUCACUGCGAUCGCGUUUUGUGUUCUGGUGAACGGGAACAGUGGCAGUCAGAAGCUGAUCUUCCUCGCUUGCUCUCCACUAAAGCUUUGGAGGACCAGUUAGCUGCAUUAGAACGCCAGAAGGAUUUGCUGAAUUCUGCCCUUACUCUUCAGCGUCUUCGAUCUGCAUCGGAUCUGCAGGUUUCAUGUACGAUACGGGUUUCUAAUGCUCAGCACGAAUCCCCUGGAUUCACAUCGUCCGCGUGCUCUGCUCCUCAAUCACCGAAGUGCACUCUUCUCAGUGUCUCUCAUUUAUCUCAAUCAUCACGGACUACUUUACGUCAGACCAGUUCAGUGGGCAAACUUAACACAUCAUUCUCUCGUUCCGAGGUACCUCCUACUUCAGCCAGCACAGAUUUAACUUUGAUCAAUGCCUCGGCGAUCGGCUUCCUAUCUCCCCAACUUAUCCGCUCCCGCGCAUUGAAAGGAGAUCCAGUACUGUUGGCUAUGGAAUCGCCCAAACAGAAAAUUUCAGCUUUGACUUAUGAAAGCAAUUUGUUCCAUUCAGAAUUUCCGCACACGCUGUGCGAAAUCAGUGAGCAUGGACUCACUCAGUGGUUGAACAGCGUGUUCGCCCCCUGCAUCGCAGCCAACGCAGCGGCUUAUCCCUUGCCUGCGGCAAGCUGCAAUUCAGCACACGUGUGUACUCCAGGCUCUGCAACCUAUCUAGUGGCUGUGGCCAAGGCCGUUGGAUUGUUGCGUUCAACCGCGAUUAUUGGACCGGGUCAGCGCGUUGAACGCGAAGUUGACGAAGGCAAAAUAGUAUUAGUUGGUGAUCUAUCGUUUUCAGUGGAUAAAGGUGCACAAAGACGGUUGUUAGACCAACUGACAACCAACUACGCUCCUAUAUGGCUUCAUCUGGCAACUGAUGCACUAUCCUCUACGAUGGACCCGUCACAGGCUCAUUUGGAUGGGAAUGCUGAAGCAACUGCUAAACUUACCCGUGACCUAAUACACAAUCGGUACGCGAUCAAGCGAUUCCUCAUACUCGUGUGGUUUUUGGACAGACUCAAAAUCAGUCGCCUCUUGAAGUUCGAUCCGUGCUUGUUUCGUGCCAAGGCCCGUUUCAAGUCUUCUUCGGAGAUUCUGCUGCAGUUCUCUCGACAUUUUCUAACUGGUGAGAACAAUUUGGUCCGACAUUUGGCUUAUUUGGGUGCUCGUGUGGAAGUUGUUCAAUCUCCACUGGACGAGUACCAAUUGGCUGUGACGAAUCUGGCCGUCGAUCUGCGUGACGGAAUCCGCCUCGUAAAACUUGCUGAACUGUUGAUCCCGACACUACCUCAUCAAGGCGCGUUGAACAGUCGUCUUGUCAAUACGCAGAAUGCUCCAUCAAGCCUUAUGUCCCUGGUUCGUUUUCCUGCCAUAAGCCGACUGCAGAAAAUUCACAAUGUAGACCUGGCACUCAAAGCUUUUGAGGAGUCUGGCAAUAUUCGUAUGCCAGAUGGUGGAAAAAUUGACCCACGAGACAUUGUUGACGGCCACAGAGAAAAGUGUCUCACCCUGUUGUGGUGUUUAUUACUGCGCUAUCAAGUUCUGGCUCUUGUCAAUGUUACGUUGCUAGAUGAAGAAAUCUCCCUGUUACAGGCAAAAGUUGGGGCCGGUGAUGCAAGUACAAUAGCAGAAAGAAUCUGUGAAAUAGAACAGGAUGAUGACAUUGUUUCGAUGCAUGUGAAAUUGUUACACUGGGUUGCCUUGGUCGGCCACAUCUAUGGGCUAAGAGUCGAUAAUCUGGAUGAAUCUUUUGCUGAUGGUCGAGCCCUAUGUUUUCUGGUACAUCACUACUUGCCGACAGUUAUGCCCGCAGGCUUGGUGAGACAAUUCACCACAUCAUCUGUUUCGGACACAACUAUUCCCAUUGGACAGCUAGUUCGAAAUAAUCAGUACAAUUUACUACUGUUCCAGCGCAAGUUGUCGUUUCUUGGUGAUGUGCCUGUUCUGCUCUCGUCGACUAACCCCCGUGUUAUGCCCUGCAUUCUUCCACCUGGCUUGGUUUUGGCCACAUUGGCUUAUCUGGCCAGUCGUUUGAUUCUUGUAUCAAAAGAACGGGAACAAUUGAUUGCUCUUGUGCGUGAUCACGCAGCACGAAUCUUACAAGGAGCUUGGCGUCGUCUUCAGCAUCGGCGUGAGCUUGAAAGAAUGCACUUGCUGUCACCCGACAGACGUGCAGAAUCAUGCACACCUUUUGUGCCUGAAGGAUCACGAAAGUCGAUUUUCGGGACGCCCGCAUCGCCAGCCAUGCAGCAAUUCUUCAACUCUCAACGUUCCCGAGCCAACGCGUCCCUUAGGUCCCCCGUUCGAGAAAUACAAAAUGAACAACUGCAAGCUGCCAUUUGCAUCCAGGCUGCCGUGAGAGGAUUCUUAGACCGACGACGAGUGCGAACAAUGCGUUCAAUUCGACGUGAACAAGCGGCAUCUCGAAUUCAAUCUUCUUUUCGUCGUUAUCGAAUCAAGCAACGAUCCUUAUCAGAAAAACGGGCUCUUGCGGCUGGCCGAAUUCAACAAAUGUGGCGCGGAUAUGCCUCUCGACGAAUCUACAAGCGUCAGCAUGAAGUUAGUGUCUCAUUCUAUUUUGUUCCUAUCAUCUACUUUUACCACUUUUAG